UCUCUCUCUCUCUCUCUCUCUCCUGUAAUCUUAUAUCUUAAUACACUGAUGAAUCCUUGCCCAUUAUGACAAUCGACAUUCUCCAUAUUCUUAUGGUUGCUGUUAUUUAUAAUUUCACGGGCUUAUCACCAUUACUUUCUCUGCCUGUAUAUACAAGCAACACACAGGGAAAGAGACAGAGGCACAAGUAGGAAGAUUGUCGUCGAUCUGGCCAUGGCCGGGGUAGACGUCCCUCGCUUCGGUCAGGCUCUACUCGACCUCGUUCAGGACAUUGGAAGGAUCGGUGCCUUUGGAGAUGUUUACAAGAAAGAAUGCUCGGAUCUUUGCCGGAGAAUUGCACUCCUCUCCUACUUGUUUGAGGAGAUCAGGGACUUCAAGGGAAUUCAUGGCCAUUUCUCGGCUUCCACAUCCACCUCAUCCUCCUCUUGCUUCAACGAUCUGCUCGUGGCCCUCAAGGCGGCUAAACUGCUGCUUUCGAUUGCUGCUAAUUAUGAUUCCGGGACCUCUCAUGACUUAUGUGCCAAGGAAAUCUCCCUUAGAUUCCAAUGUAUAACGUGGCAGUUGGACAAAGCAUUAGGGAACAUACCAUAUGAUCAUUUCAACGUAUCAGAGGAGGUUUGGGAACAGGUUGAAUUGGUAAGAUCACAAUUGAGAAGAGCAACAGAAAGAAAUGGGUCUCCAGAUUCAAGAACAUUGUGCUCUGUCUUAUCUGAGCCAGUUGAUCAAGAACCUGAUAUACUAGAAACAGGUGAAGGGGCAUUUGAAAACAUAGCUAAUGUUGAUCAUGAAUGUCAAGAAAUGGGGGAUAUUGUUACAAAAGGUAAUGGUAAGAUUGGGCAUAACAUUGAACAGAUGAUACAUGAAUGUGAAAGACCCAAGAGGUUCUUGACAUCAUCACAGGUGUGCAAAUUAAACGAAGAUGACAAUAAAAAGCCAGACAACUUAGACAGCAGUAAUUCAAUGGAAACUAAGAAGACAGAACCUGUCACAAUUCCUGAUGAUUUCCGUUGCCCUAUAUCACUUGAGCUGAUGAGAGAUCCUGUCAUUGUGGCCACGGGACAGACUUAUGAAAGGUCUUAUAUACAAAGAUGGAUAGACAGCGGCCAUAAAACAUGUCCUAAAACUCAGCAGAACCUCCAAAAUUUGACAUUGACUCCAAAUUAUGUUUUGAGAAGUCUAAUUGCACAAUGGUGUAAAAAGAACAAUAUUGAGCAUCCAAUGGGAUCCAGAAGUGGGAGAAUUAGAAAAAGUGAUGGAUCAUUUCAAGAUGUUAAUGAGGAAAAAGAAGUCAUUGACACUCUGGUCCAUAAGCUCUCAAGCCGGUCUGUUGAGGAUCAGAGAAGUGCUGCCACUGAAAUCCGUUCCCUUUCAAAGAGAAGCACUAACAAUAGGAUACUGAUAGCAGAAGCUGGUGCUAUUCCUCUUCUGGUUAACCUGUUAACCACGGAAGAUGUGAGGACACAAGAGAAUGUUGUCACUUGCAUUCUCAACCUUUCUAUAUAUGAAAACAACAAGGAACUCAUAAUGCUUGCUGGGGCUGUUCCUUCAAUUGUCCAAGUCCUCAGGAUGGGAAGCAUGGAAGCUAGGGAGAAUGCAGCAGCAACACUUUUUAGCUUAUCACUUGCAGAUGAGAACAAGAUAAUUAUUGGGGCAUCUGGGGCAAUACCAGCCUUGAUAGAGUUGCUUUCAAAUGGAAGCUUGAGAGGGAAGAAAGACGCUGCAACAGCAUUAUUCAACUUGUGCAUUUAUCAAGGGAACAGAGGUCGUGCAGUGAGGGCAGGGAUUCUCAUACCACUGAUGAAGAUGCUCACAAAUUCUAGCAGUUGCGUGGUUGAUGAAGUUCUGGCUAUCCUAUCAGUUCUUGCUAGUCAUCAAGAAGGUAAGAUUGCCAUAGCAAAGGCCAGCACCAUUCCUGUUUUGAUAGACUUGAUAAGAACAGGUAUGCCACGCAACAAGGAGAAUGCAGCAGCCAUUUUGCUUUCCUUGUGCAAGAAAAAUGAUGAGAAUCUUGCCUGUAUAGGAAGGCUUGGUGCUGUCAUACCACUUACUGAGCUAGCUAAGAGUGGCACAGAGAGGGCUAAGCGCAAGGCUGGUUCAUUAUUGGAGCUUCUUUGUAAGUUGAAGCGGCUUUGAGAGUGUAGUAUUGCCUUAAAGGAUUUCAUUCUUUUCCUUUCUUCCCAUCCUGACAAUGAAUAAUAACAUUCUAUUCUUUUUCAAGUGUGAAAAAUGAAGAUAAAAACAUGAGAGGUGAAACCUUUCUCAUGGUUUUCUGUGUAAUUUUUUUUUUUUUUGCUGUGCAAGCAUAAAAGAAAUUCAUUUAUGUUUGUAGUUGUCCAUUCCAAUAUAUAGGCACCCUUUCUUUUUUUUUCCCAAUCAGAUCCAUUGUGGAAGAAAUUUUGGUACAUAUUGAUAUUGUUGAAUAUUAAAUUCUGACACAGAAAGAAAGCUUCCUUGUUGUUAAUUAUUAA